AUGAGAGUGCUUUCGAGUACUCUCCCAUCUUUUUAUAUACCAAACCGAUGUUAUUCAUCAGGUGCAACUCGAAAAACAGCAACAGCAACAGCACCACGAACUACUCGUGGUUUUCCAAAACUUAUUGAAAAUGAUCAAGAUGUUACACCAAAACGUCUUAUCGAUCCUGAACAAUAUUAUAAUAAAGUUAAAGAUUCUGUUCUUACACAUGAUGCUUCAUCAACUCCAAGUGAAAUUGGUUAUUCAACUGUACAACCACAAGUUUUCUCUGCUACAAAAUCUAUGAUUGGUCUUAGUCAUGGUGGAGCACCUAAUUCACAUGGGACUGAUGCAGAAAGUUUUCCAUCCGAUCAUGAUAAUGAUCAACUUGCUCAAAGUGAUGCUAUGCAUGGCAUUCCCGAUGAAGAAUCAUUAACAUCAAUGGAUGGUGAAACUCCACAACCAUCAUUAACUCUUAGUGAAACAGAAACAAUAUUUAUUUUAAGUAUGGAUAGUUGUAUUGUUGCUGAAGAUGCUACAGAGGUAGAAACAAUUAAACAACAAAAUGAACGAUAUAUUGAAUUAUGUAAAAGUAGACAGGGUAGUGAUUUAUUUAAUGAACGUGGUAUGAAUACAUUCAAUAGUACGGUUAAAAAUAAAGAAAUUCAAUGUGAACGAAUAAAUUCUCAAAGUCGAGAAGCGUAUGCAUCAACAGCAGAUAUGUAUGAUUCCGAACGAGGUGAAAGUAAAAUUAUACUUAGUACAAACACUCAUGAAACACAAACAAUUGAUGAUGGACCACUUCGUACUGAUGCAACACGAUCUGUAGGUUCAGGAAUUGAUAAAUCACAUGGAACACGUCUUUCAGAUCAAUCCAUUGAUGAAACAAUGAGAAAACCAAUUGUAGCUAAAACUACAAAUACUGAAACAGAAUUACCAGAAACAUUUGAUUCAUCUAAAAUUGCAACAAUUGCAUUUGUUAUGGAACGAAUACUUAAUUUGAAUACAAAUCAAGGAAAACAAGCUGUCUAUCGUGGAUUAACACCUUUGGAUAAAGAAGAAAAAGGAAUCACUUAUGCUGGUUUAGCACUUGAUAAAUUAUUUGCUUAUUCUGCUGAUAUAACAAGUAACAAAAAUGUUAGUGCAUUAACAUGGAAUCAAAAGAAUCCUGACUUACUUGCUGUUGGUUAUGGACCUUUUGAAUAUAAUGAUCAACGUGAUGGUUUAGUUUGUUGUUGGAGUUUGAAGAAUCAAGAUUUCCCUGAAAGAUUCUAUCAUACACCUUGUGCUGCAACAGCAGUAGCGUUUUCCAGUAAAUUUCCAUCGCUGUUAGCAGUGGGUCUUUUCGAUGGUACAGUGAAUGUGUAUAAUGUUCAAAAUAAUAAUGAUACUCCAUUACUUGAUACAGAAGAAGUACCUGGUAAACAUACAGCACCUGUAUGGCAACUUUGUUGGUUAGGAGUUGAAAAAAGUCGUGAUGAUGAUACAGGCGAAGUACUUAUGUCAGUUUCAACUGAUGGUCGAGUUACACAAUGGUUAUUACGUAAAGGUUUUGAAUCAAAUGAUUAUAUUCGAUUAAAACGUAUCUUGAGUAAACAAACAAUACAAAGACGUGAUGGUGGAAAAGAACAAAAAAUUUCUAAAUCUGAAAAUUUACUUUAUCGUUCUUCUGGUGGUCUUUGUUUUGAUAUCUGUCCAGAUGAUAAAAUGAUAUAUUUAUGUGGUACUGAAGAAGGUCUUAUUCAUCAAUGUUCCUUAGGAAAUAAUGAACAGUAUUUAGAUACUUAUUCUGGACAUUCAGGUCCAAUUUAUCGUUUAGCUUGGAGUCCAUUAGCAAAAGGUGUUUUUCUAUCAUCAUCAGCUGAUUGGACAGUAUCACUUUGGGUAGUUGGUCGACCUCAACCAUGUAUUACAUUUGCAUCGAGAAAAAAACCAGUAUUUGAUAUUUGUUGGUCACCCAAAUCAGCAACAAUGUUCUGUUGUGCUAACGAAGAAGCUGUAGAAGUAUGGGAUAUAUCAAAAAAUACACUAGAACCAGUCGAUGUCAUAACAGCUGGUCAACAACAAAUAUUUACAUCAAUAACAUAUUCUCCAAAUUCUGAAUGUGUUCUUGCCGGUACUAAUAUCGGUGCAGUUGUCGUAUAUAAUCUUAAAAAUCUUCCAGAACCAGCCACUGUUGAUCAAUUAAUGGAAAUAAUCAAACAACAAACACAACAUUUAUCUUUACCAGAAGAUGGAACUUCCAAAGCUAUCGCCAAUAUGAAACCAAAAGAAAAUAUUCCAAUGACUCAUGGAAAAUGA